AUGCCACCACGGUCACAUAUUUACGAUCAUAUGGAUGAAGCCACGUUGCAGAGGUUUGUUGCCCAAGAGAUGCGCAUGGCAGAAUCCCGAAACCAAGCCGUUCUGAACGAUGGCCUUGCAACCGUUGCAGCUAUACAAACUGCGAGCCAGCAGCGAGUCAACGAGAUCACGCGUCUAGGACAGCUGGAAGGGCAAUACCUCAACGAUCUAUAUGCGGAGAAGGAAGCAGCUGCUCGAGAAGAAGGAACUACCAGAGAGCGGGAGGUCAAUGGGCUUGGAGAGGCAGAAGCAGAUUGUAUACGGGACCUUUAUGAGAUGAAGAAGGAAUGUGCGAGAGGGGAGGGUAUGGCGAGGCAGUACGAAUGGCAAGGGAUUGGACAACGAGAAGGUGAUGAGAUAGGGGAUAUGUAUCGUGAGGUGACGAAAGCGAAGAUCAAGGUUGUGGAGGAUGCGGCGAAGACUAGAGCGAAGGAUCUGAGAGGUGUGGAAGUCGCAAAUCUCAAUGAUAUGUACGGCUACGAACGAGAUGCGAAGGUGGAGGCUGUCGAAGCGGAACAUAAAGCUAUUCUGAAGGAAAUUAAGACGACAAAGGAGCAUGAGAGGAAAUGUAUAGUGAGGAUGUGGGCCGCCGAAGCGGAGGCGAGAGUACUUGCUGUACGGGCAGAGAAUGAGCUGAGAAUGGAGUUGCUCAGGGAAGAGUCGAAGCUCAAGAUGGAUUUGAUGAGGCAGGAGAGUGCUGCGAGGCGCGAAUUGGAUACAUUGAAAGAGAUUGAAGUUGAAGUCAGAUCCCCAUCUGUGGUGUCGAGAGAAUCAUCCCGGGUAGCUGGGAAGCGGAAAAGAGUGUCGUGA